CCCCAGCCCCUCGGCGCGCCCGCUUUCCCGGCCGCCCCUGAGCCUAGCGGCAGCGGGUCCCGGAAUCCGCUAAGAGCAGCGGGGGCGCCUCGCCGGACCUACUCCUUGCCUUUCCCCGGGCGCUGGGAAUGAGCCCCGCGACCACCUGAAUCCCAGGGGGCGCUGCUCGGCGAGGACCGCGCCCCCGAAGUCAUUUCCCCUCGCCUCUGCACUGCAGGACGCCCGCACCCGACCCUGGUGGAGGCGUCCUCGGAAGAGCAGGGUGGGGGCAUGGAACCCGAGGCACCUGCGGGCCAGGCCCGAGCGGCGGCCACCACGCUGUCGGAGGCGGUGGGCGCGGCGCUGCAGGAGCCCCGGCGGCAGCGGCGCCUGGUGCUGGUCAUCGUGUGCGUGGCGCUGUUACUGGACAAUAUGCUGUAUAUGGUCAUCGUGCCCAUCGUGCCCGACUACAUCGCUCACAUGCGCGGGGGCAGCGAGAACCCCACCCCGACCCCCGAAGUAUGGGAGCCCACCCUGCCGCUGCCCACGUCAGCUAAUGCCAGCGCCUACACCGCCAACACCUCAGCGUCCCCGACGGCUGCGUGGCCUGCCCGGCCAGCGCUGCGGCCCCGCUACCCUACGGAGAGCGAAGACGUGAAGAUCGGGGUGCUGUUUGCCUCCAAGGCCAUCCUGCAGCUGCUAGUGAACCCUCUGAGCGGCCCCUUCAUCGACCGCAUGAGCUACGACGUGCCGCUGCUAAUCGGCCUGGGCGUCAUGUUCGCCUCCACGGUCAUGUUCGCCUUCGCGGAGGACUACGCCACGCUGUUCGCCGCUCGCAGCCUGCAGGGCCUGGGCUCCGCUUUCGCCGACACGUCCGGCAUCGCCAUGAUCGCCGACAAGUAUCCUGAGGAACCCGAGCGCAGUCGCGCGCUGGGCGUGGCGCUGGCCUUCAUUAGCUUCGGAAGCCUGGUGGCGCCGCCCUUCGGGGGCAUCCUGUACGAGUUCGCAGGCAAGCGCGUGCCCUUCCUGGUACUUGCGGCGGUGUCCCUCUUCGACGCGCUGUUGCUGCUAGCCGUGGCCAAGCCUUUCUCAGCCGCAGCGCGGGCUCGGGCCAACCUGCCAGUGGGCACGCCCAUCCACCGCCUCAUGCUGGACCCCUACAUCGCCGUGGUAGCCGGCGCGCUCACCACCUGUAACAUUCCCCUUGCCUUCCUGGAGCCCACCAUCGCCACGUGGAUGAAGCACACCAUGGCGGCGUCGGAGUGGGAGAUGGGCAUGGCCUGGCUGCCGGCCUUCGUGCCGCACGUGCUAGGCGUCUACCUCACAGUGCGCCUGGCGGCGCGCUACCCUCACCUGCAGUGGCUGUACGGCGCGCUCGGGCUGGCGGUGAUCGGCGCCAGCUCGUGCCUCGUGCCUGCCUGCCGCUCCUUCACGCCGCUAGUGGUCUCGCUCUGCGGCCUCUGUUUCGGCAUAGCGCUGGUGGACACCGCGCUGCUGCCCACGCUCGCCUUCCUAGUGGACGUGCGCCACGUCUCCGUCUACGGCAGCGUCUACGCCAUCGCCGACAUCUCCUAUUCCGUGGCCUACGCCCUCGGGCCCAUCGUGGCGGGCCACAUCGUGCACUCGCUUGGCUUUGAGCAGCUAAGCCUUGGCAUGGGCCUAGCCAACCUGCUCUACGCGCCGGUGCUGCUGCUGCUGCGCAACGUGGGCCUCCUGACGCGCUCCCGCUCAGAGCGCGAUGUGUUGCUGGACGAGCCGCCGCAGGGUCUGUACGAUGCGGUGCGCCUGCGUGAGCGUCCCGUGCCUGGCCCGGAAGGCGAACCCAGCAGCCCGCCUGGUCCUUUUGACGGGUGCGAGGAUGACUACAACUACUACUACACCCGCAGCUAGCAGCCCCGCUCCUUAUCCAGGACGCCCACCACCCCCCUUAGGUCAAGGUGGCUGUUCUGCAAGCGCACUGGCCAGCUCAGGCUCAGGGCCCGCCUCCUCCAGCGAGUACCCCAGCCCCUCCCCAGCCUGGACUAAUGCCCGAAUCCCCUCCCCCUGACCCAUUCCGUGACCCUUUCCCUCUUAUCCAAUGGGGCGUGGAGCACUGAGGCAAGCGAAGCGAUUGCGCUCCUUGUAGAGGUGAAGAGGCUCGCAGGCCCCUACCUCGGGCCUCCCCUGUGUAGAGCCGUGCGUCUGUCUAUCCUUCCUUGCGUUCCUCCCAGUGCCAAACUUGGACCGCUGCACCGCGGUACCUCUGGCCCAAAUCAAUAAACUAUGUCAGUCCC